GGGACCGGGAGGCCAGCCGUACCAGUCACACAGUCAUUUCUCUAACACACACACACUUAUCCUCUGUCUCUUUCCUUCCACUUCUCCUUCUCUUUUGCUGCCCUCUCUCUCUCUGUGUCUCUGCCUCUCCCUCUUUCCACUACCGCUGUCCUGGUUUCUUUCUCUAUCAGCAGUGAGGGGCAGACGGCGAAAGAGAAGAUAGGAGUCGGGCUGCCGGCACUGAUCAGGACUCUCAGAGGAGGCAGGAGUUUAUAAGGUGUUUUUGUGUAGUCAAACGUGAAGCUGACGUCAGUGAAAAUGCCGGAGACGGUGAAAGACAGAGUACUGGAGGUCUAUGAUAGCCUCUUAGCAGGAAGAGACCCACGGGUGAAGGACUACCUCCUAAUGGGGAGUCCAGUCAGUAUGACUGCUGUUCUACUUGCUUAUCUUUUCUUCGCUCUGUACGCUGGCCCUAGGUUUAUGGCCAACCGCAAACCCUUCCAGCUGAAAGAAGCUAUGAUCAUCUACAACCUGUCCUUGGUUGGCCUGUCUGUAUAUAUCGUAUAUGAGUUCUUGAUGUCGGGUUGGGCGACAGGAUACACGUGGAGAUGUGACCCAUGUGAUUAUUCAAACAGCCCUCAAGGACUCCGAAUGGCAAGAGUUUCCUGGUUAUUCCUGUUUUCAAAGUUCAUCGAGCUUAUGGAUACGGUGUUUUUUGUGCUGCGUAAGAAACACAGUCAGAUCACCUUCCUGCACAUCUUCCACCAUUCCUUCAUGCCCUGGACAUGGUGGUGGGGCGCGAGCUACGCACCAGGUGGAAUGGGCUCCUUCCAUGCCAUGAUCAACUCUUGUGUCCAUGUGAUCAUGUACUUCUACUACGGCCUUUCUGCUGCAGGACCUCGCUUCCAGAAGUUCCUCUGGUGGAAGAAAUACAUGACUGCAAUUCAGCUGACUCAGUUUGUGUUAGUGUCUCUUCACGCAACCCAGUGGUACUUCAUGGAGAGCUGCGGCUACCAGGUGCCUCUGUUCAUCCACCUCAUCUGGAUGUACGGGACCUUCUUCUUCGUGCUGUUCUCUAACUUCUGGUACCAGGCGUACGUGAAGGGCAAGAGGCUACCAAAGGACACCCAACAGCUCGCCCAGAACGGCACGGCCAACGGAUCUACCAGAGUUGCCAACGGCUCAUCGGUGGUUUCAAACGGCCACGGCGUGCACGAAAACGGCCUGAGCAACGGGAAGAAACACCACGAGAAUGGAAGCACUCUCAACGGCAAGAUGAAGAAAGCCUGAGAGCUCAGGAAGAGAAGACCCAAAACGGAUGACCAGGAGAACCUGCACCAAGCCCUAUGGAGUCCAAAGAGUGUUUUGGGACUUUUCGUUUUCAAAUCUUGUGUUUUUGUUUUUUAAUAUGUACAUUAAAUAAGUACAUGGGGAUAUGAAUCCGUUUGACCCCGUUUGUAUAUUUUUUUUGUCAUAAAUUAAUCUAAAGAAUAAUUAUUGAGCACAAUGUAUGAAGAGAAGAGGAAUAGUAUUGACUGGAUCCAUCCUCUGCUGAUGUUGCUCAUGACGUUCAUCUCAACAGAAUGAAUCCACAGAUGGGCACA